AUGGUCGAUUGCCUUGAUUGUAUGCAUUGGCAAUGGAAAAAUUGUCCCACCGGAUGGGCAGGGCAGUAUACUAGCUACAGGGGGAAACCCACAAUCAUCUUAGAGGCGGUGACCUCCUACGAUACUUGGAUUUGGCAUGUCUUCUUCGGACUUCCAGGUUCCCUGAAUGAUAUUAACGUCCUUGAAUGUUCACCGUUGUUCAAUGACGUAUGCACCGGUGAAACCCCUAAAGUGAACUACCAGGUACAUAAUAGGCAUUAUCGUCAAUGUUAUUACCUAGUUGAUGGCAGAUACCCUAAGUGGGGUUCAUUUGUACAAGCAAUCCGAAACCCGAGGUCGCCGCAGACACAACAUUUCACAAGGAUGCAGGAAGCAUACAGAAAAGACAUGGAGAGAGCAUUUGGUAUUCUCCAAGCUCGUUGGGCAAUCAUAAGAGGACCAACUCGUGGGUGGAGUAAGGAGAACCUUCAAUACAUCAUGACAACGUGCAUUAUCUUGCACAAUGUGAUUGUUGAAGAUGAGCAUGAUGAAGAUGCAGCAUAG